AAAGAUAAUUGACUUUCCAGCGCGCAUCGAAUAACGAAUUAGACUUUAGGAUCCUCAAGACCCUCACCCAUUCACGACGCUGGAUCAGAUUUAGGAAAAAUUAAUUCAAAAAAAUAAAAAUAAAAAUUGGGUGCUUAUUGAAGAUCGAAGAUUAAUCCGCACGCAGCAGGGUUUGUCUCUGAUCGUGCUUCCAACAAAAUGAGAAAUUUCUUCAGGAAUGUUUCCCGGUUGCUGAUGGUAAAUCCCCUGUUUCCUCCCCUUUUAACCGGUGCCGUUGAAUUUCAACAACCACUGUCAUGCCUUUAUCACGCCCGUUAAUAAUAAUGUGAUUAAGAGCAACCCUUUUCGCAGUUGAUUGAAAUGUUACGUGGGUUUUUGCUUGUUUUUGCUAGUUGAAGUUAAUCUUUCGAUCUCAUCUUGUGAAUCCUUUCAAGAAACCCUUUUUUAAUUGAUGCUUUAAUUGCUGGCUUGUAGUUAGAUGUUGGAUUCUUGUCAUUGUUAAAAUUGGGAAGAUUUUUUACAUGCUUUGAUAGAAACUCGUGUUACUGUUUGUGUGCUGCUCUUAGUGCAAUGUGGUUCUGUGUAGGGGUAAUUGAUUAAUUUAGUUGAGGAAGCUGCGUGUUGAGGCAAAUAAAUAAAGAAAAAAAAAAAGAAAAAGAAAAAAGGAGAAUGGGAAAUGGGAAAGGGGUGUUACAUUACUCCCAGAAAGUCUUUAAGGUUUUCUUUUAUAUCUGGUUAAGGCAAAUUUUCCAGUUCAGUGACAUAUGCAGUUUUGUUGUGCAGUGAUGCUCAAUGUACCGUAUUUGCCGUGAUCAAGAGGGUUGGUAGUGUUCUUCUUUUCACAUUCUGGGGUUGUUUAAGGAGCACUGGGGGGAAAGAUGGAAAAUAAAAGGGUUGAUGAUCAUGAAAUUCAGACAACCGUACCAGUGAGAGUUGAUAGAUUUGGAUUUGUAAAGCACGAGCAAAACCCUCCUGAGGCUUUAAUGAGUAGUAAAUCAGCUUCUGAAUAUGAGAGGGAGGAAAGAAGGAUUAGAAAAUGGAGAAAGAUGAUUGGAGUUGGGGGGAGUGACUGGAAGCACUAUGUUAGGAGGAAACCCCAUGUGGUUAAAAGGCGAAUAAGAAAAGGAAUUCCCGAUUGCUUAAGAGGGCUUGUUUGGCAAUUAAUAUCUGGAAGCCGGGACCUCUUGCUGAUGAAUCCUGGCGUAUAUGAGCAACUGGUCAUAUACGAAACAUCAGCUUCUGAGCUGGACAUAAUAAGGGAUAUUUCUCGCACAUUUCCAUCACAUGUUUUCUUCCAGCAGAGGCAUGGACCUGGUCAAAGAUCCCUUUACAAUGUAUUAAAGGCAUACUCUGUAUUUGACAGGGAUGUUGGAUAUGUACAGGGAAUGGGAUUUAUAGCAGGUCUGCUGCUUCUUUAUAUGAGCGAAGAAGAUGCAUUCUGGUUGCUGGUGGCCUUACUGAAAGGAGCUGUGCACUCUCCAAUGGAGGGCUUAUACUUGGCCGGUCUGCCUCUUGUACAACAAUAUCUUUUCCAGUUUGAUCACCUGGUGAAAGAGCAAUUGCCAAAGUUAGGAGAGCAUUUUGCUCAGGAAAUGAUAAAUCCAAGCAUGUAUGCAAGCCAAUGGUUCAUUACUGUAUUCUCGUAUUCAUUUCCAUUCCAUUUGGCAAUCCGCAUUUGGGAUGUAUUCCUAUAUGAGGGUGUUAAGAUUGUCUUCAAAGUUGGUUUGGCUCUCCUAAAAUAUUGCCAUGAUGACCUGGUGAAAUUGCCUUUUGAGAAACUCAUACAUGGUUUACGUAAUUUCCCAGAGGAUGCCUUAAACCCUGAUGUUCUGUUACCAUUGGCUUAUUCAAUUAAGGUAUCUAAAAGCUUGGAGGACCUCAAACAGGAGUAUGAAAAGCAAACUGCAAAGACAGUGGAAGGCCUUGUAAAGCAGGAAAAACAGCAACCCUAAACUCGUCCCAAUGGAGAGUAUACAACUCAACUACUCAAGACAACUUUGUAAAUACAAAACUAUUCUUUCAUUCUUUUGGGUUUUUGCGACCAUCCUGAUUAGAAUUAGAGUAAUAGAAAGAGACCUCUGCAUUGCAAGUUUCGACUUGGUAAUUAGCCCUAGUAAUUAGAGUAAUGUCAUCAUUCAAAUUCAAGUUUGAUCUUGUACAGUCAACAGUCAUAUCCAGUGCCAGUGUGGUGAGAAAAUGAUUUGAAUUCAAUUUUUGUAAGUACUGGAGAAACUGGUUUAAUGUUGAGGCGUGGUGUGUUUUAUUUCCUCAGCCUCUUCAAUUCCUUUUCUUUUUUUAAAA